GAGGAGGAGGAAGAGGAGCUAGCAGGAGUUCUUGAGGAGACAUCUGGACCAGCCAGCUUGGGAGUCUCUGGCUCAAUCCAAAUGGAGCCUCCUAGAGUUGUUUCUGGUGAGCCAGAGCACCCUGACCCUAGCGGCGCCACUGUCCAGCAGAAGAAGACAACUCCAUUAAAGAGAACCAGUCCAGCCGCACCUCUGGUUCCCUUAGAGGAGGAGGAAGAGAGUGGUGAUACCUGUGCCAUCUGCUUUGAAGAGUGGACAAAUGCUGGGGAGCAUCGUCUCUCUGCACUACGCUGUGGGCAUCUUUUUGGCUACAGUUGCAUUGAGAGGUGGCUGAAGGGGCAGGCAGGGAAGUGCCCACAGUGCAAUAAGAAAGCCAAACGCUCGGACAUUGUAGUCCUUUAUGCACGGACUCUGAAAGCAUUGGAUACCAGUGAACAGGAACACAUGAAAAGCUCUUUAGAAAAGGAGCAAAUGCUACGAAGAAAAGCAGAGCUGGAAUCAGCACAGAGCCGCCUCCAGCUGCAGGUCUUGACAGAUGAGUGCAGUAAACUUCGGCAGCAAGUUCAGGAGUUGAAGGCCCUGAUGGCCCGGCACAGCAGCAGUAGUUCUUCUCAGCAGCCCAGCAACUCCCGCUCUUGCUUCCCAGGCUGUCUCUCCUCCAGCCAGGGCCAGCACAAGUACCAUUUCGAGAGAGCCUUUCUGGUGUCUCAGGUGGGCAGCUGUCGGGUUAUGGCAUACUGCGACCCACUGAGCUGCCUCGUGGUGUCACAGCCCUCUCCACAAAGCACUCUAAUUCCUGGCUGUGGAAUUAAGAUGAUGAGUGCUGUCAAUUUGAAGAGCAGCCAAUACGUCCCCAUCCAUAGCAAGCAGAUCCGGGGCCUGGCCUUCAGCAACCGUGCAGAUGGUUUACUCUUGUCUGCUGCUUUGGACCAUACCCUCAAGCUUACAAGCUUGACGACAAACACCGUUGUGCAGACGUACAAUGCCGGCCGCCCCAUCUGGAGCUGCUGCUGGUGCCUUGAUGAUACCAACUAUGUCUAUGCUGGAUUGGUCAACGGCUCUGUCUUGGUGUAUGACCUGCGGGACACGAGCUCUCAUGUCCAGGAGCUUGCUCCACAGAAGUCCAGGUGCCCUGUGGUGUCCGUGUCGUACCUUCCUCGAAUGGCCUCCGCCUCACUGCCCUAUGGUGGACUGGUGUCUGGGACGCUAGAAGGAGCCUGCUUUUGGGAACAGAAGACCAGCAACUUCUACCGGCCUCACCACCUCCUUCUAGAGCCCGGAGGUUGCAUUGACCUUCAGACGGAGGCCAACACUCGGCACUGCCUUGCAACAUUCAGACCCAAUAGAAACCACAACUGUUUGCGAUGUGUGGUGAUGGAGCUGACCUCUACUCAGCUGACAGAUGGGGCAGAAGAUGUCGUCUGUUCAUGUCGCCCAGUUCAGACUCUUACUGCGGGUCCAACAUGCAAACUCCUGACCAAAAAUGCCAUUUUCCAGAGUCCUGAAGAUGAUGGCACCAUCCUUCUCUGGGAUGCAGGGAGUGGCUCCCUGCUGCAGAAACUUCCAGCUGACCUUCCCGUGUUAGACAUCUGCCCUUACGAGGUGAAUCGCAACAGCUUCCUUGCUACCUUGACAGAGAAGAUGGUGAAGAUCUACAAGUGGCAAUGACCAUCUGCUACAUGCUUCUCUAGCGAACUGGUCUCAUGAGUGGAGCCAAUUCCCCCAAAAGCCUGCUUUGCUGCUGACUUGAUGCAAGCUGCCUCGAAGACAGGAGGAGGCCUUGCUAGCGUUGCCUGAACAAGCAAAACCUUGCACCUCAGGGCAACUCCCUCCUCCGCCUGCUCAGACCAGUCCACACGAUGGUUCUCCAGUUCGUUAUUCCUUUAUUUAUAGACAGUUGUUUCUCCCUAUUCUUACAGCAAACUGCUUGUAACUUGUUAUGGAUCCUUUGUUUUCCAAGGUUUACUGCCUUGGCCAGAUUAUGGCCCCUGAGAAGAGAUUUGCCUGCCUUUGUAUAUUUCGUAGAAAUUACUACUGGCAAUUGCCUAAAUCAACUGGAGAUUAUUAGCUUUGCUCCUGGUGUGAUCUGGACACUUGCAGCAUGGGUAGUUUUUACUUUGCCACUGUGUCAUGUAUGAAGCAGAAGGCAGCUUUCAUUCCUGUUUAACCCAUCUCAUAGUAAGAAGAUGAGAACUCAGUCUGCAAUGAGCUCUUCCUUCCACUGACACGUCUCCUAGGGUCUGGCAGCUAAAUUAUACUUUGAAUGGAAAAAAAACAUAAUGUGGCUUGAUGAAGAAUCAAACCUCAGGUACAAAUCUUACCUUUAUGGGACUUCCUGCAAACCUCCAGUGAGAACCAGGCCGAAUGCUGUGGGAGUUGAAACAUGAAGAUCAUUGGGAUUUGAAACGUGAAGCCAUUUCAGAAUUCUACCAAGUCUGUUUGCAGGGGGGAAACUGCCUUGCUGAGGACGUUGUAAUUCAUUGUCUGCUAUGUAUUAAAAUGGGAGAUAUAUAUUUUUGUACCUUGCCAAAGACCAGUAAUCAAGAGUGUGGUGUAAUCUGCAAGAUUGACCUGAUCUGAGAACUUUUCUUGGCUUUGCCAGAAGCCAGUGUAAAUUGCUCCUUUUUGUGCUGUCUGGUCUGGUAUACUAAACCACAGAACAACAUUCCUAAAGCUUAGGUUUAUUGGUCAUCUAUCUGUCUUACUACCUGUUUCCAUUUCAUUGUCCUUAAAUUUGUGUAAUUCUCUUGUUCCUAGAUCUUUUUAUAAAGCAAGAAGAAUAAAGAAUGUUUAAUUUAA